UCACUGCGAAGAAACGUUGUUGUUAUGGAUUAUGUCGGAGUAAUACUCGUAGUAAAUCAUUCUUGGAGAAUUUAUAUUAUUUUAUUAGUUUCCCGAAGCCUUGUUUCGAAUAUUGUCGAAAACUUAUCAAAUCAACAAAAAAGAAACAUAAAAAUUUGUCCAAAAUGUGCUAAAUGUGAUUUGUGGGUUAAAAGAUGUGGACGCGGUGAUGAUCGAUUCGAAGUGAUUGAUCAUGUAAAUAAAGACACAUACAUUUGUUCACUUCAUUUUGAAGGAGAAAGUGGUCCAACAACAGAAUAUCCUGAUCCCGUCAGUUGUGUAAAUAAAAAACUAAGUAACAAGGUAAAAGUGACAAAGACUUCCUUGGCCGAGAAAUAUGAACAAAUUAAUGACGAAAGGAAUCAAGGCAUUGAAAAUUCAAACCAUUCUGCAAAAAACAUAGAUUGUACAACUGUCCAUAAUGUCCUUAUUGAUGAAAGACAAAAUGGUUAAACAACAGCAUUUUCAUUGAAUCAAAAUUUCAUUCCUACACCAGAAUUAAACUUGCCAAAUAAAAAUUUUGAAUUUUCAAGAACUACUGAUGCCACGGUGAAAACUGUGAGAUUUUAACAUUAGCAGAAAUUCCUGCAGAAAAUGAAACAUUGCCAAAUAUCAUAUGCAACCAAGGCGUUCAAAUUGAUAUUAAAAAACGGACUAGUAAAAGGACUCAAGUUAAUCUACGUCAAAGUUCAGCAAUGGAUAAAUUUGAAGAGUCUAUCAAAAAUAAUAUUAAAAAAUGUAAAUUUUACACAAGCUUGGAGUAUCAAGAAAUUGUAAUUUUAUACAAUUUUGUUAAUCCGGAAUAUAAAAAUGUGUUAAAUGAAGUUGAUCAGCAGAAGAAAAGUAACAAUAGUCAUCAAAAAUUGACAUCAAUACAGCAAUUGAUUCUAGUACUUAUCCAGUUACGCGUUGGUACUUGAGUUGAAGAUUUAGCUUACAGGUUUGAAAUUUCUACAGCUCUAGUUUCUAAAACGAUUAAAUAUUGGAUACAAUACUUAUACGAUCAAUUUACAUGCAAUUUAAAGCUGUUUAUGUUUCCAUCAAAGAAAACACUUUCUGAAACUUUACCUAAAACUUUAAAAUUUUUUAAAAAUAUUACAGUUAUUAUAGAUUAUACGGAAUUUCAAUGUCAGUCACCAUCAAACUUUGAACAUCAAGGAAAUUUAUACUCUUCGUACAAAGCUCGAACUACUUAUAAAGCACUAAUUGGAUGUACUCCUAAUGGAGGUGUAUGCUUUGUAUCAGAUUUAUUCGAAGGAAGUAUAUCAGAUCAUGAAAUAUUUAUUAAAUCAAAUAUUUGUGAUUUCCUGGAACCUGGAGAUUUAGUGUUAGCAGAUAGAGAAUUUACCGUUCAUGAUAUUGUUGAAUUGAAGCAAGCUUAUUUAAAUAUACCACCGUUUUUAAAUGGUAGGAAAAGAUUAUCACCUCAAGAAGAAAUGGAGACAAAACUGAUGGCAAAACAGCGUAUCUACAUUGAACAUGUUAUUGGAAGAAUUAAACAAUUUCGAUUCCUUCAGAAAGUUCUACCUUUAAGUGUACGUUCACUGAUGUCCCAAAGUCUUUUUGUAUGUGCUUGCUUAGUUAAUUUCCAGUCACCGAUUGUUAUUGAUUAAAUAGUCUGUGCUUACUUGAGAAAAUAAUUUAAAACGGAAGAUGUGAAAAUUGCGUUGGUUCAAUAAUAACUUGCUAAAAAAUUAAGAGUUUAUCUUACCAAUACCAAUUGUAAAUAAUAUACACUUUUCAGUUAACAUCAAUAUAUUUAUAUUUAAAUGUUUUAAAUUUUGUAUCUUCUUUGUAACAAUUAUACAGUCUUCUAAGUAA